AUGGCCAUCAAGCAGUUUCGUCUCCACAGAAUGGCCACGGACAUGACCCUGGAUGAAUUCAAGAACUGGCUGAAGAAGUUCGACGACAACAAUGACGGGCGCAUCAGCGAGGAGGAGCUCCGUAACGCCACCCGCAGCGUCGGCUGUUGGUUCAGUACGUGGAGGAGCAGCCGUGGCAUCCGAAAGGCUGACUUCGACGGCAACAAGUUUGUCGACGAUGAUGAGCUCGAAAAUCUCGCGGCCUUUGCCCACAGAGUCCUCGGCAUCAGGAUAGUUCCCUAG